CUCCCCGCCUCGGGUCGGAGAGGAGCAGACCGAGGCGUCUGGAUUUCGAGCCCCGCCUCUUACACAGCGUCCAGGUUGUCAAAUGUUGCCCAGGCAUGCCAUGUGCGCUUCAGAUGGCAGUGGAAUUUAAGGAGAGGGGAGUUAACAGCCUCUUCCCCGUGGUGUGAGGAGCAGAAAAAAGACGUGAACCACCCCCCACUCUCUCCCUCUCUCUCUCUCUUUCUCUCUGUCUGUCAGACGGCAACCGCUCUGCGUUGUCUGCAGAUCAAAACGGGCUAGACAACACCUACGGUUUAAUGUCCCAUGUUCUCAAAAUUAGAUUGUACAUUUUUUUUGAAAACAGAACUAUAGAUGACCAAAUCUAAGGCUGCCUCGGGCUGUCGAAUAGUUUAGAAAAAAGGUAUGAAAUACAGUUUGGAGCCGAACUCAAGGACUGUUUAGUUUAUUGCUUUUUUUAUAGGCAUCACAUUUUAUGCCUUUAAAAAGUGGUGUCUAGAAACUUCCGUAUCUGGACUUACGAAUCAUGGAAGGAUUGAAAUUACAUCGCCGGCCUGGUGGACUAUUUUGAGUUCUCUAGGAGACUGCCAGCAAGGAGACGGCGAGUCUUAUAAUAUUGUUAAACAAGGCGUCGAGGAGCGUCUCUGAAGUGAGUCUUUGUCAGGCAGGAAGCUGUAGUGGAAGAAUGCUGUGUGUCACAUCACAAGACCUCGAGCCUGACGACAACUCGUCCUUCUACAUCCUCAACGUGGGCCAGCCCCAGUCCGCGGUCAACCAGCCGAUCGGGAUCCCCCGCUAUGGCCUGCAGACCCACGCCCCCGUCGGCUCGGCGCCCUCCCGCCUGCAGGCCCACAAGGCCUACGACCCCGGGUACGAGUACGGCCCCGCGGCGGGCCACAGGGUCUUCGAGUGCCCCAGCAUCCAGAUCACCUCCAUCUCCCCCAGCUGCCCGCAGGACAUGGAGGCGGGCGAGGACGGGCUGGGGGGGACGGCGGCGGGGCCCGAUGGGGAGGGCCAGGGCCAGGGCCAGGGCCAGGACCAGUGCCUGUCCCGGGGGCACCUGUACCUGCCGCUGGACCCCUCGUACCGGGACUCGUCCCUCAGCCCCAGCCCCUGCAGCAGCCUCUCGUCCCGGAGCUGGUUCUCGGACGCCUCGUCGUGCGAGUCCUUCUCGCAGGCGUACGACGACGUGGAGUCGGAGCUGAACGAGGCGGCGGCCCGCUUCACGCUGGGCUCCCCGCUGGCCUCGCCCGGGGAGGAGCCCUGGCUCCUGCAGCACCAGCAGCAGCAGCAGCACCAGCACCAGCACCAGCAGCACCAGCAGCAGCAGCAACAGCAGCAGCGCCACCCGGCCUUCCCCCGCCAGCUCUCCCCCCGCCAGUCGCCCUGCCACUCCCCGCGCGCCAGCGUCACCGACGAGAACUGGCUGAGCCCCCGGCCGCCGUCGCAGCCGUCGUCCCGCCCCGCCUCGCCCUGCGGCAAGAGGCGCCACUCCAGCGCCGACAUCUGCUACCCGGGCUCCGCCUCCCCGCGCCUCUCCCCGGCCCCCACGCCGGGCCACUCCCCGCGGGGCAGCGUGACGGAGGACACCUGGGCCGGCAGCCCCUCCUCCUCCUCCGCGGCGGCGGCGGCGGCGGCGGCGGCGGCGCCCCCCCCCUUCCACUGCUGCUCGGCCGCCGAGCUGGACGUCCCCUCCAAGACCAGGAAGACGUCCCAGGACCGGCCGCCGCUCUCGGGCACGGGCGACACGGCGGGCCUGGAGGACCCGGGCAGCGUCUCGCCCUCGCGGGAGACCCCCCUCUCCGACGACGGCGGCGGCGGCGGCGGCCACGGCCUCAGGAAGGACGGGUCCGCCGAGCAGUUCCUCUCCGUCCCCUCGCAUUUCACCUGGAACAAGCCCAAACCGGGACAUACGCCGAUCUUCCGAACGUCAUCGCUGCCUCCUCUGGACUGGCCGCUGCCCAGCCAGUUCGGCCAGUACGAGCUGAAGAUCGAGGUGCACCCCAGGGCCCACCACAGAGCGCACUACGAGACGGAGGGGAGCCGGGGAGCCGUCAAGGCCUCAUCCGGGGCCCACCCCGUGGUCAAGCUCUUAGGCUACAACGAGAAGCCGGUCAACCUGCAGAUGUUCAUCGGAACCGCCGACGACCGCUACCUGAGACCGCACGCCUUCUACCAGGUGCACAGAAUCACCGGGAAAACGGUUGCUACCCCGAGCCAGGAAAUCAUCAUCACCAGUACGAAGGUCCUCGAGAUUCCUCUCCUUCCCGAAAACAACAUGUCAGCCAGCAUCGACUGCGCCGGGAUCCUGAAGCUGCGCAACUCGGACAUCGAGCUGCGGAAGGGCGAGACGGACAUCGGGCGCAAGAACACGCGCGUGCGGGUGGUGUUCCGCGUGCACAUCCCCCAGCUCGGGGGCAAGGUCCUGUCCCUGCAGGCCGCCUCCAUCCCCGUGGAGUGCUCCCAGCGCUCUGCUCAAGAGCUGCCCCAGGUGGACAAGUGCAGUCUGACCAGCUGCUCCGUCAACGGAGGGGAGGAGAUGGCCAUCACGGGCUCCAACUUCUGCCCCGAGUCCAAAGUGGUGUUCCUGGAGAAGGGACCCGAUGGGCGACCUCAAUGGGAAGUGGAGGCGAAAAUCAUACGGGAGAAGAGCCAAGGAGCGAACAUCGUGGUGGAGGUGCCCCCCUACCACAGCAAGACGGUGACGUCGGCCGUCCAGGUGCAGUUCUACGUGUGCAACGGGAAGAGGAAACGAAGCCAGUCCCAGCGCUUCAGCUACCUGUCAGUUCUGGUGAAGCAGGAGCAGAGAGACGAACAGGAUGUGGCCGCCGCCCCCUCCAUGCGCCCGCCCAUGUCCGUGGCUCCGCCUCCCAGCCAGCCCAAUCUCCACCUGCUCAGGAACCAGCUGUCUCCCCCUGACUCAGGCCAAGUGCACGACAGCCUGCUGGCCAGUCCCCCCCGAGGCCUGGUCCCCGGCUUGACACACCCCCAGCCCGCCUACUCUCCCGCAGGCUCCGCCUCCUUCCAGCACCUGCCGGGUCUCCAGGGCCACGGCCUGAGCCCAGGCUCCGACUGCCAGCUGAUGAGCCCGCCCCCCGCCUUCCACCCCGCCCCCACUCGGGCCCUGCCCCCGCCCGCCAGACCCUCGUACCAGCCUAUGCAGCACAACUUGGCGUACAACGGCCAGUCCAGUCUUCCCAUGAGUGCCGGCUCAUCCCCGGCCUACGAACGGAUGACCUACCAGCCCGACCCUGCCGCCUCUCAUCCCCUGGGCCUUGGCAUGGUGUAUCACCCUCCCACCAUGGCCUCCGGCUCCGCCCCCGGCCAAUCCCUGCACUCCCACACGCCCCCUCACCAGCACUCCCUGGGCUACCACUGCCACGGCGUGCCGCAGGUCCCCUCCCCCACCCACCCCAUGGCUCCGCCCCCCUCCCAGCUGCAGCACUCCCUGGGCUACCACUCCGGCUCCCAGAACUCCGCCUCCUGUCCCUCCCCCACCACCUCGCCCCUCCCCAUGGCUCCGUCCCCCUCCCAGCUGCAGCACUCCCUGGGCUACCACUCCGGCUCCCAGAGCUCCGCCUCCUAUCCCUCCCCCACCACCUCGCCCCUCCCCAUGGCUCCGUCCCCCUCCCAGAUGCAGCACUCCCUGGGCUACCACUCCGGCUCCCAGAGCUCCGCCUCCUAUCCCUCCCCCACCACCUCGCCCCUCCCCAUGGCUCCGCCCCCCUCCCAGAUGCAGCACUCCCUGGGCUACCACUCCGGCUCCCAGAGCUCCGCCUCCUGUCCCUCCCCCACCACCUCGCCCCUCCCCAUGGCUCCAUCCCCCUCCCAGAUGCAGCACUCCCUGAGCUACCACUCCAGCGCCCAGAACUCCGCCUCCUGUCCCUCCCCCACCACCUCGCCCCUCCCCAUGGCUCCAUCCCCCUCCCAGAUGCAGCACUCCCUGAGCUACCACUCCAGCGCCCAGAACUCCGCCUCCUGUCCCUCCCCCACCACCUCGCCCCUCCCCAUGGCUCUGUCCCCCUCCCAGAUGCAGCACUCCCUGGGCUACCACUCCAGUGCCCAGAACUCCGCCUCCUGUCCCUCCCCCACCACCUCGCCCCUCCCCAUGGCUCCGCCCGCCUCCCAGAUGCAGCACUCCCUGGGCUACCACUCCAGUGCCCAGAACUCCGCCUCCUGUCCCUCCCCCACCACCUCGCCCCUCCCCAUGGCUCCACCCCCCUCCCAGAUGCAGCACUCCGUGGGCUACCACUCCGGCUCCCAGAGCUCCGCCUCCUGCCCCUCCCCCACCACCUCGCCCCUCCCCAUGGGGCUGUCCUCGUGCUCCGGGCCCUCCUCCCCGCAGCUGCACUCGCUCCCGUACAGGUCCCCCACCGGCUCCACCCCCUCCCCGACCCCCAGCAGCCCCCUGAUGCACCAGCCCUCCCCCUCCGCCGUCAGCCCCCUGGGGCACACCCUGGCCCCUCAGCCUCCCUUCGCCCCCGAUGGGGAGCGACCGAGCAUCAAACAGGAGCCAGAAGACAAGGAGCCCACCUUCCGCUCCAUCGGACUGCAGGACAUCACGCUGGAUGACGUGAACGAGAUCAUCGGCAGAGACAUGUCCCCCCCAGGGCCCCAGUCUUAGCUACGUCUGUAGCCGGGGUUUGCCUCCAGGGCCCUCCCUCCCUCCCCCCUCACCCCGUCGCCUCUCUCCGAACACUGGGCCCGUCACCGCGUCGCUGUUCCCCCUCUUUCUGCACUUCCACCGUUGCCUUCACCAGCAAGAACAGAGGAGAACAAGAUCCACGUACGCUGUAGAGACACACGCGCGGCUGAGAGGACGGCCAGAAAAGUGUAUAUAGAUGAACCUCUCUGUAGACCCAGCAGGUCUAGAAUAGGAUAUGGGCAAAGUCCACUCACAGGGGCGGGCAGUGGGCAGUGUCGUGGGUAUUCUUUUGUACUGCAAGUGUGACUGUGAUAAAACGAGCAGGUUGUCCCUGCCACACCCCACCCCCCCAUUUUUUCAGGGAUUAAAUGGCUAUUGUAUAUAAUGGACUUCGUGUUGGUACGACUGUUUAAGUUUGAGGACACUCCGGAAGGUACUAUGCACCAGAAAGUCCCAACUGCCUCGAGAGAAAAAGAGUGGUUCGAGGCGCUCGAUUUUCAUAGGUAGCGCAAUCCUUUUUCGCAUUUCUCGUUGUUAUGUUACGGAGCUGCUUCUCUAGCUCGCCGAUGUAUGCUUGAAGCUGGCUGAGGGAUUCUCUAGAGCGAAGAGGACCUGGGUAUCGUGGAGAAACGCCCACAGGCCGCCGCGAUAGCCGGCGCGUCCCUGUCCUGCCAUAACAGGGCGACACGGGUCCUAAAUGGGAUUAGCUCAUUCUGCCGCGGAUCGAUCCGGAUCGAUCCGGAGCGACCUGGAAACGCACAGCGCCGGCGCCUGACCCCGUCACCAGGGUCAGGGGUCGCCAACACAUCACGACGCGUCAUGACGUGCGAUGACACGGUCUCACGCGCAGAACAACACCCCAUUCUGCCUACUAAGCGCUAGGGAGUAAAUCAGUUAGGCUCGGGUUAGGAGUAAUAGGCCAGUCCUUCCUGGAGCUUCAAGGGAAAUGUAGUUUGCAACAUUCCAACACUUUUUUAAACUUAGAUUACUGUGUAUAAUUUCUUCCACUUCAGGUUACACAAAUGCCUUAUAAAUGUUUGAUAGCUGUAGACGAUUUCAAAGGCGAUUCAUUGGAAGUUUCAAUGUUUUAUAUAGUUGAUUUUGGAUAUAACUGAGGGAAGAAAAGUUGAAGCUUUUUAGAAAUGUAUUACAUACAAAAUGCAGCUGUCAAAUAACACUUUGUCUGAAUAGAACAUUUUCGUAUGUGCUUGUUUAUCUCCAGAUGUCUAACCACCUUUUGAAGAGUGAGUUUAAAGUAACCUGAUGUUUUUCCAAGUGGAUUGUGUUGAAGAGGGCCAUAUAAUGCCAUAAGGAUGAGCAUUGCCCUGCUGCAUUGCUGAUAUACAAGCGCCUCUUUGUGCCUUUUCGACUAAAAUUACAAAUGUCUAUAUUAUGUACAUAUUUACAAGCUGAAUAUAAAUUAUAAAGAUUACUGACGACCUACAUUUUUUUUGCAGGGGACAUGACACAAAUUGGUGGAAACCAAACAAGAAACUAUAUAUCUAAUUUGUAGUGAACAAGGUUAAACCUUAGCAUAAAGAACAAACUAUCCCACAACUCACUCCUAGAUGUCUCAUUUCAGUCUCAGAUUGUGGAGAAGGCACAGAUCUUCGCCGUUGCGUUUGAGUUUAAAGCAAAACUGUGUGGGCCACUUGGGUUCACAUUAAUCCAUGCAUUUCUAAUCAGAUUCCGCUUUCUGUUCUUCAGACAGUUGUUUGGGGCGAUAUGGCUCAGGAGGUAAGAGCGAUUGUCUGGCAGUCGGAGGGUUGCCGGUUCAAACCCCGGCCUGGGCGCGUCGAAGUGUCCUUGAGCAAGACCCCUAACUGCUCUGGCGAAUGUGAGGCAUCAAUUGUAAAGCGCUUUGGAUAAAAGCGCUAUAUAAAUGCAGUCCAUUAACCAUUUGUUAUGCGGGAGGCAUUUUGGGUGGAUAUUGUGCAAAAUGAAAGCGUAUGGAAUAAUGGUACCUGACAGCAUUUGUUUGGGGGGUAGGGUGUUUCUAAACCAAGCAAAAUGACAGAGAAGAAAGCUCUGAAAAUUAGCCCAAGAAAUAUUGACAUGAUCACUGAGCGAGUCAAAGUGUUGGUUAAGAAGGAACUUCCAUUCAAUUUGCAAGUCAGAACUGAGGACAAAUGUCGAGUGAAUCCAAGCCAUAGUCAGCUGACGUAUUUGCUUACGGCCUGACAUGAUGAAUUAUGAGCAGGGACUCAGUAAUAUAUACUGCGGCAUAGUAAUAUGUGUAACUAAUAUUUGCAGGUUUGCAUCAGCUCUGCCUUAACCUGUUCCAUUUUAAUUGACAAUGAAGAGGCUUGCUUGUCAUUACAUUUAUAAUCCGUCAUGGCCAUUUUAGGCUUUGCAAGUCUCCAAAAUGGAAGGUUGUUGAUGCUGUGCAGUCAUGUCAAAAUCACAGUGAAUUCCACUAUGCACCAGAACCUGUUUGAUGCCUUUCAAAAGAACCUCGAUGCCUGCAGACGUACAGCAUAAGUGUAGAUUCUUAUUAACAUAAAAAAUACACAAGACAUACUCAAGAACUUACACUUCUAAAGGAAUAUCUGCCUUGUAAAGAUACAGUACGUGCAUCGUAUAUUUGUAUAUAUUUGCGCACAUUGGUGUGUGUGUUCCAAAUAAAUUGUAGAUUUGACUUCUUUGGAAAAAAAGAAAUUCUCGUUGAAUUUCAAUGGGAAAAAAAGCACACGGUAGCAUUGGACUAUGCAAACUGAGGGUACGACACGGUGUGAAAUUUGGCAGGUACUUAUUUAUAUGAGCUCACUCUCUCACACGUCGAUUGUAUUAUGCAGAAAUUUACGAGGAAAAAAAGUGAUGCUAUAUUGCGCUUUUCGAUGUCUUGACGGUCAUUCGUUUUAAACUAUUAAAACAAUAUACUGUAGAGAUGCCUUAAUAUAUGUAAAGACUGCUCAUUGUACGUAAACCCUUUUUGCGAUUCUUUUAGAAAGAUUUUGUGAAAAUUUUAUUGAGGUAGGACAGCGGGGUGGAGACUGUUUAGGCCCACAGCCCUGAGGAACUUGGACGACACAAAGGUUUCCUGUCAGCACGCUCCACUGCGCUUCUCUGUUACCAAAGAUUGAACAACGCGUUUGACACUUUCAGACAGGGCGGAAAGGCUUGCUGUUGAACUCUAUUUUUGAUACUCUAAGAUGGAUGUCAUUCCUAACGGUGUGCGGUAAAAUAUUUUUUAAAAAAAGGUUUUGUAAAAUAAAAGGGAAAAAUGUAUACUUAGCUGAGGUUUACACAGCCUUGUAUUGUAAUUUGGUGUACAUUUUGUAUUUUAACAUUUUGUAAUUUUUAAGAAUGCAGUGCUUUUUUUUUUGUUGUUGGAGAUAUUCAAAGGGAAUACCUUGUGUUUUAGGGUCUUCUUGAAUAGUGUAUCAUUAAAAGCAAAAUUCUGAACCA